CUCAAAGCCCGCCGCGACCGGCGACUGCUCCUCACUCUGCCGAUAUCUGGAAUUUACUUCGCUCCGCACGGUAAACAACAGGAAGUUGUUUCGGUCGAGCGUCUCGAGACGGAGCUCGAGGCAGCGCUGGACAAGAAGCCUCACACAGAUCCUCUCUCGCUGGACUGAGUUCCCGCGCGGAGAAGAUCUGCUCUCCUUCACCGAGAUAGAAGGGCCACAGGCGACGCGAAGCCGGGACCUCCAGUUGUACGUCCGUAGAACCCCGCACUCAUACUGUGAUGGCAGGCAAACUCUUCUCUCCGUUCCUGUUCUUCACCCUUUGCACCCUGACUUGUGCAGGCCCGCUGUCCCGGAGCCCCUGUGAAUUGCUGCCUGUGGGAGAAGGCCACCCUGUACAGGCCCUGCUCAAGAGCUUCACUGCGGUGUCUGGUUGCGCCAGCAGAGGGACAAUUGGCCUUCCACAGGAGGUGUACAUCAUCAACCUGAGGAAGAAUGACCGUCCGAGCAGCGGAGGCAGACCAGCAGAGGUGGUCCUUCAUUUGAAGCCCAUCCAGUCGCUGCAGGUGCACCGAAGACCUUUGGCCUUUGUGCUCAACUCACCCCAACCUGUGUUGUGGAAGCUGAAGACUGAGAAGCUGGCACCCCAUGUCAAGCGCACCUUCCAUGUGUCCGAGGAUUCAGAGAUCCAGUUCGAACUGGGGAACUUGUCCCUCUCCUGCGUGGUCUCCAAGGAGAAACUUCCUGAAGGCAACGAGCAGCUUCUGACCUGGGCCAAGGAAAAAUACAAGGCAGUGACCUCCUUCUCUGAGCUGAAGCUAGCCCCGAAUGUCUACAUCAAAGUUGGUGAAGAUCCUGUGUUCUCUGACACCUGCAAGAUCGAAAGCAAUUUCCUGUCUUUGAACUAUCUGGCGAGCUAUGAAGAGCCUCAGUCUUCCCGUGGCUGCAUCCUAUCCAGCCUGGCCCAGGAUCGUGAGGUCCACAUCAUCGAGCUACAGGCUCCUAACUCCAGCAGCGCCUUCCAGGUGGACGUGACCGUGGACAUCGGACCACUGGAUCCCCAUCGGAUACUUCAGCGCAACCUGGUGCUCCUGCUGAAAUGCGAGAAGUCCGUGAAUUGGGUGGUCAAAGCCCACGGCAUCACGGGCAAGCUAGAAGUCCUGACGUCAGAUAGCAUUAGCAUGGAUUAUGAAACGGAAAGGAGUAUGCAGGUGUCUAAAGUUCAGAAAAAUCUGGACCUGCCCCUGGGCUCUCAGGCUCUGAUCCGAUGGGCUGAGGAGCAUGGCUACAGCCCCGUGACCUCCUUCACCAGCACCCCGGUGGCCAACCACUUCACUCUGCGGCUGAGGGAACCAGAGGUACCUGAAGAUAUCCUGAAGAGCAAAUUCCCUCCAGAGCUGGCUAUCCUUCGGCACUCCAAUGUGCACCCAGGCCCCGGGGGUGUUGCCCCUCGCCUGGGGCUGCGUUUCCCCUUCCCCCAUGGUGGUGGACCCCUUGACCUUGGGAGGCCCUUCCUCCCUUAUGAUUCCCUGGGAGACAUGGAUCUUGAGGAGCAGCAGGGAGUCCUGAAUGUAGGCCUCAAUGUCCAGUGUGAAGAGCACAGGAUGGUGGUCAUCCUGGAUGAGGAGAGCCUACAGGCAAGUGGCUUUCGAGACGCUGAGCUCACCCUCCUGGACCCGUCAUGCAAGGCCCGGUCCAAUGGCACCCACUACAUCUUGGAGACCUCCCUGACAGGCUGCCAGACUGCCAAAGUCUCUAUCCAAAGCUCCACUAUUGUCUACAUCAACAAGGUCCUGAUCAACCAGUCAGAGCCAGUGGACAGUAGCGGUGACCUUGUAGACUACGAGGACCUGGAGUCGGGAGAUACCGGCUUCCCCUCGGACACCGAAGGUCACAUACAAGCUAUUCUUGGGUUUGGGGACCCAGUGCUUCCAUCCAUCUCGUUUAACUGCUCGUACAGGAAGCCACAGGAAGCCAUGAUGCCCAAGUUCCCUUGGACUGGGCCCAGAAAGUCUCCCAUCAACCACAAUGUGACAUUCAGCAUGGAGCUCUAUGACUCGGACAGAUCCCUUUCAACAACGUCCCAGAUUCUCCGCAUCACUGACAACAAGCCCAUUUAUGUAGAGGUUUCAGUACAAAAAGCAGACCAAGAUCUUGGUUUCAUGAUCCAGACGUGCAACAUUUCGCCCGAUCGGAAUCCCAACACUAUGUCCAACUACACUCUCAUUGAGAACGUCUGCCCCACGGAUGAGUCAGUGACGUACCUCCCCCAGACCCCGGCUCUUAGAGGCCGUUCAGAACACAUGGACAGGAAGAGGUUCAGCUUCACCUUCCGGUCAAAGCUCACUGAGACCAGCCUAUUCCUCCACUGUCAGAUGUCCCUGUGUUCCAAAGGCCACCAUGACAACCAAGAUCUGCUAAAGUGCAUGACUCCAGAAGAGGCCUGCAGGUCCAUCAACAUUGACAUGAUCAUGGACAUGAUGAGGAACUCCAGGACGUCGACCCGCCCGCUGUCUGUGGGAUCUAACCAGAAAACCCUGGAGCCAGUCCCUACCACCCAAACGAACCCCCCAGAACUCCCCAGUGGUAACUAUCCACGGCACGGCCUGGACACUCCCACAGUGGUGUGGAUUGCCUUUGCAGCCUUCGUGAUUGGAGCUCUGCUGACCGGAGCCUUGUGGUUCAUCUAUUCACACACAGGUGAGACUGUGGGGAGGCAACCAGUGCCCAAGUCCCCUCCACCGUCGGAGAACAACAGUGCAGGGCACAGCAUAGGCAGCACACAGAGCACGCCCUGUUCCAGCAGCAGCACGGCCUAGCCUCUCUCGCAGGCCCUGGGAGACCAGGAAGGGCCCCCGCGGCUCAUGUGGACUGCCUGUUGACAUCGACUUUCCUCAGAUGAAAGGGAUUAUUUUAGGUUGCUCUCGAAAAAGAGGAGGGUGCCCCCCCUGCUCCUGCCAGCCCUUUCUCCAUAUGGUUUUGAGGUUUGAGGUUUCAUGACCGAAGACGAUCACCUGAUGGGCUCGGGGUCAAAGCGGCAAGUAACGCUUGCUUUCCGUCCACAAAAUGCGGCGGCGGAACUAUUGCUGAUAGUUCUGGACCCACGAAAACAAAGCGAGUAACAUCUAAAAAGCAGAAACACCAAUUACAAAAAUACUUUUCUGGGUUACUUUUUUUUUUUUUUUUUUUUUUUUUACCUGGGGCUGCUCAAGCAGUAACAAGGCGUUAAUCUAUCGUAUCGAUAAACGCACAGUUCCUGGGUUAUUAAGGAUAAAAAGGAUAUUUGUAAUAUGUUUAAUAAUACAACUUUAUUGCUGUCUUUGUUAAUAUUGUAAAUACUCAAAAGUUUUGUAUCUACAAGUGAGAUAAAAUGCCCAAAAGUUACAGCAAAUGAUAAGUAUUUAAUUUUUUCCAAGUACAGGAUCAUUCUGUACUGUGGGAUGUCUUUAUAUGUUGAUUUCAGAUUGGGCAUUAGAUCUGAACAACAUUAGCAAAAAGGAAAUGUAUGCAUAGAAAAUGUGAUUUUAGGGGGUCGAACACCACUAGCUUUCUGCAUUCAUACACACAAGCUUUAUAUUGCGUAUAAUGAGUUCUGGUGCCUUUCAUUAGGUGAGCCGGUGAAACCUACUUGGGUCACCUCAACCGUUUGUGCAGUUGUACAAAUCUCCUCUCCACUGACAUCUAGAAAUGUAGUAUGGAAAAUGUCAGCACUCACUGCCUGCAAAUGAAACCAAAAAUUUAUCCAGUCACCCAUGUAAAGGAGCCGUAAAGCAUUCAUCAGCUGAGAUCUGCUGAGGACUUUACCUUGUCCAAUAUUAAAUCUGUCCCUGUGUAUAAUUGCUCUUACAUGAGUAAGACGAGUAUCAAUCAUUCCACGUUGUUCACCAGCAUGCCAUUUUCACUCACCAAUUAUUAUUAUUGUGAGCUUCAAAGACUAUUAUUUUUCAUCUCUGUUUGUGUCUUUGUCACUGAGUGUAAGUGUGUGUCCGCUAAAUUUUGAACAUGGAUGUAUGUGUAUAUUUAGUUUACUAUACAUGCAUGUAAGCAUAAGCUUUUAUACUUUCUCUGGCUGUGUGUACCUGAUUAUGUGCACAGUCACACUGUCAGAGAAGUGACAUGAAUGUUCAUAAUUGUAUUUUUGUUCCUGCUUUGACUGAACAGUUCAUUUUUUUGGACCUUAAAGGGAGCCUACAUGAAUAUGAACACAGGGAAUAAGGGAAAAUUUGGGAAGUCUGAUAUAUUUUUACUAAUCAUUCAAUGUAUAUACUGUAUGUGAAACAGAAUAUAUAUAUAUAUAUAUAUAUUUAGACUAACUCUAUUUGCAUACAGAAUUAACUGUAUAACAGUGUUACCUUAUGCAGAUCUUACCUAUCGAUUGUAUGUGUAUCAACUCAAAAAAGCUUUUAAGUCGUUUGUAAAACAUGUACAGCAGUCUUCAGAGAAGAUGACAGAGUAUUUUAGGAACACAAAUAUAUUUUUA